CUUCACCAAGUUUUACCAUAUUUUUCUCUCAAAAUCACUUUCAUUACUCACGAGCAAGCAACAAGCCCUUGGUUUGUUUUGGCUCCAACAGGACACAGCCUAGAAACUCCCAAAUCCAUCUGGCUUUUCCGAUCUUUCAACACUUAACACUUCAAAGGCUCUAAGCCCUCCACGUCUUCCAACAGAAAUUACAGAUUCUCUUUUUAACCGAGCACUUCUCCAAUCUUAAACCCCACCUUAUCAAUAACAAACACUAUCGUAAUCUAUCCUAAACCCACCUCCAUUCCUCAAAAAAGUUCCAACCUUUGAGCAAAAGCUUGAAUCUUUCAUCCCAAAAACAUGGCGAAAAAGCAGAUGGAAGUGGUGAAGGGCCUUGAUUUACAGCGCUACAUGGGAAGAUGGUAUGAGAUUGCUUCAUUCCCUUCAUUUUUUCAGCCCAAGAAUGGAGUGGACACAAGAGCUACUUACACUUUGAAUGAAGAUGGGACUGUGCAUGUUUUGAAUGAGACAUGGUCAGAUGGCAAAAGAAGCUCCAUAGAAGGCAGUGCCUACAAGGCUAAUCCUAAUAGUGAUGAGGCCAAGCUUAAGGUCAAAUUUUAUGUGCCUCCAUUUUUGCCUAUCAUCCCUGUUGUCGGAGACUACUGGGUUCUGUUCAUUGAUGAUGAGUAUCAGUAUGCUUUGAUUGGUCAGCCUAGCAGGAAAUACCUCUGGAUACUAUGCAGGAGGACUCAUCUAGAUGAUGAGAUCUACAACCAGCUGGUGGAGAAGGCCAAAAGUGAAGGAUAUGAUGUGAGCAAACUCCACAAGACACCACAGACUGAUCCACCACCAGAGGGAGAUGCAGGCCCCAAGGACACCAAAGGCAUAUGGUGGUUUAAAUCCCUCUUGGGCAAAUGAAGAAAAACACAAUAGGCUUUAUUUCAAGUCAAAAUAAAAGGAUCAAAAUCCCCUGUUUGCAUUAGUAGAAAAUGAAUGUAUCUAAACAAGUAAAAUGUAUGUUGCUUUUACAUUUUGGGUUUCUGGGUUUUGUUUGUAAAAAAGAGUGUGCGCUUUGAAUUAUGAGAGUUGUCUUGUCAUUGUUGUGAAUGGUGCUUGCCGCUUGGUAGUAGGUGUCUGUUGAUGUGAAAUGGUGAUGGAUAAAUUUCAGUAGGUGUGAUUAUGAUGGGGUAGGAAUCUUGAGGAUCAGAAUGGAGAAAAGGGUCCCUCCCCCUUUUGGGAACAUUAUCUAAGUUGUGUAUUAUUUUGAUGUUUAUCCGUUUCUUUGGGGCUAAGCAAAAUGGUUCUUGUUCA